CGUAGGCGCUCACGUGAUCAAACGCUUACGUGAGCAGAAGUAGUUCUGGUCGUCGUCUACCGUCUCGCUAUAGCCGUUUGAGGGAAGAAGGAGGAAAAUUACCCGGUAUUGUUAGAGUGCUGCAGCAAACAUUUUUGUAAGUAGUUUUGUUGACCAGAUUCCUGGAAGAAAUUCUAGCAGAGUCAAAGGCCACAUUGAAAUUGCAUUGAGCCAAGUUUGCCACAAGAGCCCAACAGUCAUCAUGAUGCUGAGCACCGAAGGCAGGGAGGGGUUCGUGGUGAAGGUCAGGGGCCUACCCUGGUCCUGCUCAGCUGAUGAAGUGAUGCGCUUCUUCUCUGAUUGCAAAAUCCAAAAUGGCACAUCAGGUAUUCGUUUCAUCUACACCAGAGAAGGCAGACCAAGUGGUGAAGCAUUUGUUGAACUUGAAUCUGAAGACGAAGUGAAAUUGGCUUUGAAGAAGGACAGAGAAACCAUGGGACAUAGAUAUGUUGAAGUAUUCAAGUCCAACAGUGUUGAAAUGGAUUGGGUGUUGAAGCAUACAGGUCCAAAUAGUCCUGAUACUGCCAACGAUGGUUUCGUCCGGCUUAGAGGACUCCCAUUUGGCUGUAGCAAGGAAGAGAUUGUUCAGUUCUUUUCAGGGUUGGAAAUUGUGCCAAAUGGGAUGACACUGCCGGUGGACUUUCAGGGGCGGAGCACAGGGGAGGCUUUUGUGCAGUUUGCUUCACAGGAGAUAGCUGAAAAGGCCUUAAAGAAACACAAGGAAAGGAUAGGGCACAGGUACAUUGAAAUCUUCAAGAGUAGCAGAGCUGAAGUCCGAACCCACUAUGACCCCCCUCGAAAGCUUAUGGCUAUGCAGCGGCCAGGUCCUUAUGACAGGCCAGGAGCUGGCAGAGGGUAUAAUAGCAUUGGCAGAGGAGCUGGUUUUGAGAGGAUGAGGCGGGGUGCAUAUGGUGGAGGGUAUGGAGGUUAUGAUGACUAUGGUGGCUAUAAUGACGGGUAUGGCUUUGGGUCUGAUAGAUUUGGAAGAGACCUCAAUUACUGUUUCUCAGGAAUGUCUGAUCAUAGAUAUGGAGAUGGUGGGUCCAGUUUCCAGAGCACCACAGGGCAUUGUGUACACAUGAGGGGGUUACCUUACAGAGCCACUGAGAAUGAUAUUUACAAUUUUUUCUCACCUCUUAAUCCCAUGAGAGUACAUAUUGAAAUUGGACCAGAUGGCAGAGUUACUGGUGAGGCAGACGUUGAAUUUGCUACUCAUGAAGAUGCUGUGGCAGCUAUGGCAAAAGAUAAAGCUAAUAUGCAACACAGAUAUGUGGAGCUCUUUUUGAAUUCUACUGCAGGAACAAGUGGAGGGGCUUAUGAUCACAGCUAUGUAGAACUCUUUUUGAAUUCUACAGCAGGGGCAAGUGGUGGUGCUUAUGGUAGCCAAAUGAUGGGAGGGAUGGGCUUAUCCAACCAGUCUAGUUAUGGGGGUCCUGCUAGCCAGCAACUGAGUGGUGGUUAUGGAGGUGGUUAUGGUGGUCAGAGCAGUAUGAGUGGUUAUGACCAAGUUCUGCAGGAAAACUCCAGUGACUAUCAGUCAAACCUUGCUUAGGUAGAGAAGGAGCACUAAACAGCUAGUACAGAAAUAAAAGCUGUGCAUUUAUGGGAGCUGAAUAGAAUGGGAGGGAUGUCUAGUAUAUCCAGUAUGAUUGGUAAAUGGGUAAUAAAAUUGAUUCUGAUCACUCUUGGUCAGCUUUCUUUCCUUUCUUCCUUUCUUUCUCCUUUUUUAAGAAAACAAAAGUUAAGUUUAACAGUUU